UCAACUCAACGGUCUGGACCACCGAACUGUGGGCCCCACUAGCACAUACUCGUGGCCAGAGGAUUCCAAAUAUUCCGUCCCCUCUUUCACUUCUCAUUUUGAAAAAUACAUUUCUAAAAUUUGAAACUAUUAAAAGCAGUGGGAAUGCAGAAAAUGUGGAAAGGGUUUUGAGCACAUCAUCUGCAGUAGUAGCAGCCGAGAAGAAGAAGCGGCUUCGGUGGAAAGAAACGAGUGUCUUACAAUCUCAAAAUCUCGGCAACAUUUCUUCUGCAUCGAUUUUGGUGGAGAGAUUCAAUUAAGAAUCUAUCAGUAGCAUGCGAAUUUAGAAACACUAAAAUGUUCACGGAAGGACUCGAUCCAAAUGCCCUUCGGUGGGUUCGAGAGGGACCUCGAAGCAAUGCUAUACAUAAUGUCCGAGAUAGUAAUAGGAGCUUCGGGCUCCCUCCCACAUCUAAAUUCCGAAGUGGGCAUUUGGCGACAGGGGCUAUACCGCUCUCCCGUCCAGUGCCUGCUGAUGAUAGUGGUUUCGGGUCUGACAUGGAAGAAUCUUCUGAUUCUGAGGAGGAGAUAUAUGGCGGGAGGUACUCCCUCGAUUCAUCACCGCAGGAUGACAGAGAGGGAAGGAUGCCAAACGGAAAGGGUCAUACAUUUGCGAAUUCAUCGUCGAGGCAGCAGCAGUAUGCGAGUGAUUCCGCCUACUCGGAUUUCAGUUCGUCGAGGGAGACACUACGGCAGCAGCAGGUUCGUGUGAAUGGCCAAACAGGAACUGGAGCCGGGCGGUACCCAAUUGGGAAGAAUGAUUAUACAGAAGAUGAGAUGUCGGAUUCUGGUGGUAGCUCUGAAUUUGUUGCUCACACGGGAAACAAGAGCAGUUGCAUGCCUUCUAAAGGUAGUUAUCCUGUAGAAAGCUACUCUUCUAACAUUCCAUUGCGGGCAGAUGUGGGACCCACUGCUGAGAAGGAUCCUCACGGGAGAGGCUUGCCGAAUAAGCAUAUUCCCAAUGUUGAUGUGCCGAGUGCUCCUCCAUUUCGUGGCACUCGUCCAGAAAUUAUUCAAGAUGGUGAUGAAAUUCCAGACUCUAGACCAUGGACUAUGGAUUCAAAUGGUUCUUCUACCCGAAAGUCAAAUGUAUCCAGAAGCAUGCCUUCUAGGGCCGGCACACACAACAAUGCAGGGACUAGGCUGCCUGACCAGGGCGCUAGGACGACUGUUGGUGCGGAAGCUGCUGCACCAUCCGGUUCAUUACCUGUUCGUGUUCCCACUUUUCAUGCAUUCGGACAAGGGCCUUGGCAUGCUGUGAUUGCAUAUGACGCUUGUGUGCGACUUUGCCUAAAUUCAUGGGCCAAAGGUUGUGUGGAGGCUCCCAUUUUUUUGAAUAAUGAAUGUGCACUCUUGCGAGAUGCAUUUGGUUUGCAGCAGGUCUUGUUGCAAUCAGAGGAAGAGCUCCUAGCAAAACGAUCUUCAGAGCUUGUCAGUGAAGGAGCUGCACCAAAACCCAAGAAAACCAUUGGCAAAAUGAAGGUGCAAGUUCGUAAAGUGAAAAUGUCUCCAGACAUGCCUCCAGGCUGCAGCUUUUCAUCCCUUAAGCCACCAAUGGUAAAGUUGGAAUCCCUUCGCCACCGUAUAUCCAAUUUUCGGUCAACCAUCUCAUCUGGAUGGGAAGCUCUUCGGAAUGUUCGCGUUGUGCCUCGAUUACCUGCCAACAGUUCUUUCUCACGGCAUAGCCUAGCAUAUGUUCAUGCUAGUACUCAGUACAUUAAACAGGUCUCUGGGCUUCUCAAAAUUGGGGUUACUACCCUGCGGAACCGUUCAGCUUAUGAAGAAGUGCAAGAAACAUACUCUUGUCUGUUGAGAUUGAAAAGUUCAACUGAGGAGGAUGCAGUCAAAAUGCAGCCUGGAUCUGGUGAAACACAUGUCUUCUUUCCUGAUAGUCUAGGAGAUGACCUAAUUGUGGAAGUGCAUGAUUCUAAGGGGAAGUUUUAUGGUCGUGUCCUUGCCCAGGUGGCAACUAUUGCAGAUGACCCGGGUGACAAACUUCGCUGGUGGUCCAUUUAUCGUGAGCCAGAGCAUGAACUCGUGGGCCGACUACAGCUUUAUAUAAAUUACACAACUAGUCCAGAUGAAAAUGGCUCUCUUAAGUGUGGUUCUGUUGCAGAAACUGUGGCUUAUGACUUGGUUUUGGAAGUUGCGAUGAAAGUUCUGCAUUUUCAGCAAAGGAAUUUGUUGUUGCAUGGACCAUGGAAGUGGUUACUAACAGAGUUCGCAUCCUACUAUGGGGUUUCAGAUGCAUACACAAAACUAAGAUAUCUUUCUUAUGUUAUGGAUGUUGCAACCCCCACGGCAGACUGUCUCAUGUUAGUGCAUGAAUUGCUAUCACCUGUAAUACUGAAGAGAAGCAGUAAGAGCACUUUGAGUCAUCAAGAGAACCGCAUCUUAGGAGAUAUUGAGGAGCAAAUUGAGCAGAUUCUUGCACUUCUCUUUGAGAACUGUAAGUCACUGGACGAGUCAUCACCUUCUGGAGUGAUGGAUGUUUUCAGGCCAGCCACUGGAACUCCUGCUCCUGCUUUGGUACCUGCUGUAAAGCUAUACACUCUUCUUCACGAUAUACUAUCUCCAGAGGCACAGUUGAAACUCUGCAGUUAUUUCCAGGCUGCUGCAAAAAAGCGAUCAAGACGGCAUCUGGCGGAGACUGAUGAGUUUGUUGCCAGCAAUUGUGAGGGCACAGUGACUGAUGUUGUGACUCUUACUACUGCUUACCAGAAGAUGAGAGCACUUUGCCUGAAUAUCAGAAAUGAAGUUUACACAGACAUUGAGAUCCACAAUCAACAUGUUCUACCCAGUUUUAUAGAUCUCCCAAACAUCUCUGCCUCCAUAUACAGUGCCGAGCUCUGCAAUAGAUUGCGUGCAUUCCUUGUUGCAUGCCCUCCCACCAGUCCCGCACAACACGUAGCAGAUCUUGUAAUUGCAACUGCAGAUUUUCAAAGAGAUCUUGAUAGCUGGAAUCUUUGCCCUGUCAAAGGAGGUGUUGAUGCAAAAGAGUUGUUCCACUUGUAUAUUAUUCUCUGGAUUCAAGAUAAGAGACUCUCUUUGCUCGAGUCCUGCAAAUUAGAUAAGGUGAAGUGGUCUGGCGUUACAACACGGCAUUCCACAACUCCGUUUGUUGAUGAGAUGUAUGAUCGGCUGAGAGAAACACUGAAUGAAUAUGACGUCAUUAUUUGUCGCUGGCCAGAAUAUACAUUUGUUCUGGAAAAUGCUGUUGCGGAUAUUGAGAAGGCAGUGGUGGAGGCUUUAGACAAGCAAUAUGCAGAUGUGUUGGCGCCAUUGAAGGAUACACUGACACCUAAGAAAUUCGGUCUCAAGUAUGUCCAGAAAAUUGCUAAACGCGCUUCUGAGCCUUACGUGGUCCCUGAGGAGCUGGGAAUUCUCUUGAACACUAUGAAAAGGCUGCUUGAUGUGUUGCGGCCCAAGAUAGAAUUGCAGUUGAAGUCAUGGGGUUCUUGCAUACCUGAUGGUGGAAGCUCGGGUUCUGGAGAGCGCCUCAGUGAAGUAACAGUGAUGCUGAGAGCCAAGUUCAGAAAUUACCUACAGGCAGUUGUCGAGAAGCUUGCAGAGAAUACUCGUGCGCAGAAUGCAACGAAACUUAAAAAGAUCAUCCAAGAUUCAAAGGAAGUUGUGAUCGAGUCUGAUAUUCGCAACAGAAUGCAGCCUUUGAAGGAUCAGCUCAUGAAAACAAUAGAUCACCUUCAUACUGUCUUUGAGAGCCAUGUCUUUGUUGCAAUAUGCCGAGGUUAUUGGGACCGGAUGGGGCAGGAUAUAUUAAGCUUCUUGGAGAACAGGAAAGAGAACCGGUCAUGGUAUAAAAGUUCAAGAGUUACUGUGGCAAUUUUGGAUGACACCUUUGCAUCACAGAUGCAACAGUUGCUUGGAAAUGCACUGCAAGAAAAAGACUUGGAGCCACCCAGAUCAAUCAUGGAAGUCCGGUCCAUGCUCUGUAAGGAUGCACCAAAUCACAAGGAAUCAAAUUACUACUAUUAGAUAUGUUUUGUCUGUGUUUGUGUAUAUAAAUAUAUAAUGAGGAAAGAGGCAUUAGUUUUUCACCGCAAGAGCACGAAGGACCCAUACAUAAAUAGGCUCUGUCGGACACAAUCAUAGCCAAGGAGAUGUGAAUGAAAGCCUCAUCAUUGAUCUGCAACUGGGGAGAUGAGCAUCCAAAAGCAACUAACUAUGCCGAUUUUGUACAGGCAAAGGGAUACAGUUAGGGUUUAUAUAAUAGAAGAUAGCCCGCCUUCAUCUCAUCCAGAAAUGUAGGAUCCUUUGUAACAGGUGACUGUUGAUUGUACUGAUUACCUUUGUUGAAUUCAAUUUUCGAUUGAUUAGUUUUGUUUUUUGUUUCA